GUUCUUACUUUAUUUAAAGCAUCUUCUUUUACUUUUACCGCGCAUUUCAUUCUAUUUACUUCCUGCUCAACUUCUUCGCACCUUGAAGCAUGUUUUUAAUAUCUGAAGUGAUUUUUAGAUUACACUUUAAAGAAGUACAAAUACGAUCACGUAAGAAUUACAGAAAUUACCUUUUAGAUUCAUCCUCUGUUAAAGAGUCCAAUUUAUUUUUUAGGUCAUCCCGUUCUAACUUCAAAGUUGUAUUUGCUUGGGUAGCUUCAACUAUCUGUUGCUGAAAUGAUAAUUAUUCUUAUAUUAAUGAAUAUGACUUCUUCUCGCAUACAUACUUGCAAUCUCGUAAUCUCUUUUAAUAGCUCAUUUCUAUCUGAUUUAACUAAAUCUGUUUGAUCACUUGAUCGUUUCGCCAAAUCCAUUGCACGUUUAGUUUGUUCUUCGGCUGUUUUCAACGCACUUUUUAAACAAUCCGCUUUUUGCUCGCUAUCUUCUUGAAGACAUUUCAUACUGCAAGUUAAAUUUUCUAAUUUCUUUUCAAGUUCUUCCGUGCGUUUUCUUUCGUUCGAGAGAUCCUGCAAAUUACAUAUUAUAUUAACAUAGAUGAAGUAUAAGAGCAAUGAUUUAUUUUCAAAAAGAACCUUUUGAAUUCUUUCGAGCAUCUUUUUCUCGUUGACAGGAAUAUCUUUUAUGCUGUAAACUUCUUUUAAUUCAUUUACAUUCUGCAUUAUAUCUUUAUCUACUACAGGUUGAAUUUUCUCUUUGCUUGAUCCUGUCUUGUGUUGUGCAUUAUUUAUAUUUGAAGUAUUUGUGCUUAAUUCAGCAUGAAAAUUAUCUUUUGUAGGUAUAGUUUGUUCAUUCUUCUCUUCAAAUGUAUCGAUUUGUUUGUCAUUAACAUAAGAUUUAAAUGAUUGUAAACUCAUGUCUAUUUGAUCAGAUUUACUUUGAUUUUCUUUGAUUGCUAAAGAAUCUUGACUAAUUGUAUUGCUUUUUACAUAGGUAUUAGUAGUUUUUUCAUCUGUUAAAUCAGUUUGAACUGAUCAAAGAUUUAAUAUUAGUAAUAUGCAUUGUAUAUAUUAAAUGAAUCAAUAAUGUUUAAGUACCUUUGUUUAAUCUAGUAUUUCUACAAGCAAAUUUUUUACAUGGUUUGCAUAUUUUUGCAUUGCAUGGCGUCUUUCUUAUAGUAUCAUUGCGUGAAAUGCAUUUUUCAACAUAGUUCAGUCUAUUGCACUGUUCUUUUAAAGACAACAUAUGAUAGGUGCAAUGACAAAGUUUACCAAAACUAUUCUCUACACAACUCUGUAUAAAAUAAAUUAUUUCUUAUGCAUCCUAUUCUUUAUUAGGUAAAUAAUAAUGUUCAAUUUAUAACAUUUACUUUUUUACAUGCUGAGUGAGAAUACGUAUCAAAUUCCUGAUCCAUUCUUUGUAAUUUUGAAAUGGUCAUAAGUUGCUGAUUCAGAGUAUCGAGUCUUGUUGAAAUACUGCACAUCCCAAAUUUUAUUUAAUGUAUUUAAGGCAUCUGUCAUAAUACUAAUUUUUAUCCUUAUUAUGAAUUCUAAACUAGUGACAUUUAAUAAGUAAUGCAACAAAUAUGCAUUAAAUUGUCACUGUCAUGAUAAUCGUAGAUUGUCUUAUUUUUUUUUCGUCUGUAACAUUUUGAUUUACCAUUGAUACAUCGUUGCAAAAUUUAUUUUGACUGAAUAUUCAUGAAUCGCCUUUCGAAAAUAACAGAUCAGAAAAAAAUGUUAGCGGACAAUUAUCUAGUAAUGAGAACGACAAACAUUUCUAAAUAAUAUUAUUCGUGCGAUGCUUAGCCGUAACUUGAAAUUAUUUAUGCAACGAAGAUCGCGUUAUAUAUCGUGGAAUAUUUUAUUUCUCUGGGGUUUUGGAUUAUGGAUAGCUUUAUGUACGAAUAAUAUGUACGAAUCAGACAUUGUAGUACAAAGAGGUACCAUAUUUUAUCAACAAAAUUCGAAUUCUGGCAUUGUACAUGGUAUUGGAACAGAACGAAAGACAAUGGAAAAUGUUUUGCACAUUACAGCAACAAAUUGUACUUUGUGCAAUACGAUGCUGAUAUUAAAAAAUGUGCUUAAAUAUAUUUUUGUCCUUGUAUUUGUGUGCUGUACGAUAUUGUUUGUAUGCAUGUGUGAGCAUAUAAGAAAAAGCAUAGAAGUAUGGAAUAAUAUAAUACGUAAUGUCUAUUCAACUGGCGUGUAUUUAAAAGCCAUUGCAAGAAAUUAUAUAGAUUAUAUUUUUGAUAGAAUGAUAACAAACAAACGAGAUCAGUUUACUUUUAAACCUGAAUUAAUCGCGAAAUGUAAAAUGAGUACAGAGCAUUUACAGGAAAAGUUGAAUUAUAAAAGUGAAGAAAAAAGUUCUAUUUCGAAAGGAAUGGUCAUACAAAAUGAAAUUAAUUUUAAUAGCUACACUAUGUUGCUGUUUAACAAUUACGAGCUUUAUUGUUAUUUCUAUCAUCAACAAUUACAAAAUACGUUUAAUUUGUUGACAAUCUAUUCCGAGACGAAGGAUUCGGAAUAUAUAAACAAUAAUCUGAUAUCUUUCAAUAAGUAUAGGGACAACAGUAAUCAUCAAUUAAAAAAUGGUAUACGAAAACGCAUCAUUAGCUCAUCACCAGAAUUUCAAAAAUUUCUGGCGUCUUCAAGAAAAUCUCGAUUCUUUAAUCCAUACACUUUAGAAGUGUCUACAAAUUAUAUUAUUCGUAUUAAAUCAACUUAUAAAUUAUAGUAGCAAUAGUGUCAUUUUAAAUAAAAUACUUAUAUC